AUCUGGGGUGUGAACUACGUUUCUAUUCAAGCGCUGAUCGACAUGGUAAUGGCUCUAUAGUAUUGCAGAAAAGUUGAAAAAACGGACCCUCCGUUACAUCGUGACGUGUCAUGCCGUAACGUACAGCAAGCAUAAAGCAACUAUUUCUGUCUUACAAUCUCUCUCUCUACCAGGUGUAGCACUUCUCUCAUCGUUUAAAAACAAGAAAUGGACAGUGACGGGGUAAGGGGGAUACCUAGUCAUUUUUUGCGUCAUCACUGCAAGCGAUUAUGACUCUCAAAAGCCACUUGUUUACGUCUGAAGAUCACUUUAGCACCGCCCUAAAAACCCGAUUCAAAUUCGACACAAACCUUCAAAUAGGUGCUGACGGAGUUGUCUUGGAAUCCCUCUAUUCUUUCAAUCCAUCUCUCAUCAACCUGAUCUCCCUCCUACUACCUCAUCCCUCCCUCUCUCCUCCUCACCCCUCCAUCUCCCCCCUCUCAGAGGGUUAUGGAGGACCCGGAACCCCCCUCUGUGGUGGAUGGUCCGUCCCUGCUCUGGCAGCCUGAAAAGAGGCGAAGCAGGAAGUCGGGAUGUUCCAACAUCUUCGCGGGGGUAAACCUGCGUCAGCUAAGACGGCUGUUCCACGUGGCCGGGGACCGGGACGCAGAGCAGCGGGCAAGACUGGUGUGGGGCAGAGAAGAGCGAGACAGAGGGAGAGAGGGAGGAGAGGAGGAGGGAGAGAUGGAUGCAGGGCUGGCCCAGGCGUUGGUGGGGUUCAGGGUGAGCGCCAGAAGCAGGAGUGGUAUCAGGACGGAGGGACACAGAGAACCCAAGUUGCUGAAAGCAUUUGGACACCUCAGGAUUAAGGAGGGUUUGGACCAUGAGGAGGACAAUGAAGAAGAGGACCCCAGUAAUAUUGGAGAGCUGGACCCCCUCCCCGGGGGGUCGACAAGUGCAGAAGGGGGCGCCCCGUUGGACGCACAAAGGCCCUCAGAGAGACCCCAUCUGGAGAGGCUGGGGGCCGCGACGCGGCAGGGGGGAACCAAGGACCCAGAACGCUACCUCCAUCGCAUUCUACACUGAGCCAAUGGAGAGAAAUGAGCGCUGACCUGCUGAACUUAAAACAUGUCGUAAAGCUGCUCUGUGAUUGGUCCUUUUUCCAUUCCCACCAAUCAGAGCGAGGUGUCGUUCAAUACAGAGUUGCUAUGUGUGGAGUUAAAUGAAGUACGUUUUCGACCAAACUGUCAACCUAACCUUACUUGUCAAGACGUUGUCACUUAAACCAAAGGAAGGGAGAAAACUGGCAACAUCACAAUGACUGUUUGAGAACAUUAUAAACCCUGCUCAGUCACUGUUCACUGACUGAUCAGAGCAGACAGACCGAUCUACAACACUAUCGGCAGGUGACUAUGGCUGUGUUCGAGAGCAUCAAAACGACUGCAGGUGACUGUCGAAUCUACAAAUCACCUUGCAUCAAAUAACUCAUUAUUUAUAGGUCAGUUACAAUUUACCCAUGCUACAUUGCGGUUUUGACCCUCUCGAACACGGCCUGUGCGUGGCCCAAAAAUCCCAAAGGCAUGGACUUCGUAGAAAAGCCAGUAACACUAGAAAAUUCUUCUCUAUAACAAAGCUAUACCUGGUAGAUAGCCUACAACUAAACCUGAAAGGACUUGGAUAGGUGUAAACAACAUGGUAAGACAUUUACAGAGCAUUAACUGUCAUGUGUUUUGCAUCAUAUGAUGUAAAACACAUGACAGUUAUGACUCUGUACUGAAAGUGGUCCAACAGUGGACUAAUGAAUAAAACUAAGAUUUAGUUGGAGUGAAUUAUCUGUUUAAGGGUUAUGGUUGACACUUAACAUGCACAUCUGUCAAAGUAAACUUGCAUAUAUGUAUUUGUGUGCAUAGGUUUGUCUGACAAAUAGAUUAAUGUCCUCACAAAAUAAAGUGGGGGGGAAAAUAAGAAUAAAGUCUUCUCUCUAAAUAAAACAUUUAUCAAAACAAACGACAAGAUACAUGAUAUUAAUGUAAUAGUUUUGUUAUAAUCUUUCAUUAAAUAUAUUACAUACAAAUUA